UCGCCCCCUCUUCUUCAUCCUGCACUAGCUGCGUUCUCCAAGUGAUUUUUGUUUCAUUUCAUUGAGGCGCCGACAUUACAUUUCAAAGAUGUUAGUGCACAGUUUUUCCGCCAUGGACCGUCACGACGGGACCAGCAACGGGACAGCCAGGCUACCUCAGCUGGGCGGCGUGGGCCAGAGUCCCUACACGAGCGCGCCGCCGCUCUCCCACACGCCCAACUCGGACUUCCAGCCGCCCUACUUCCCCCCUCCCUACCAGCCCAUCUACCCGCAGUCUCAGGACCCGUACUCGCACGUGAACGACCCGUACUCCCUGAACUCCCUGCACGCCCAGCAGCAGUCGCAGCACCCGGGCUGGCCCGGCCAGAGGCAGGCCCAGGAGGGCGGCCUGCUGCACCAGCACCGCACGCUGCCCCACCAGCUGUGCAGGGAGUACCGCAGGGAGGUUCUGCUCCCGUCCGGACACGGCCUGGACACGGGACUGUCGGACUCUAUCUCCAUCCAUGGAAUACCUCACUCUUUAGAAGACGUUCAGCCUGUUGAGGAUCAAGGAAUCCACAUUCCCGACCAGACUGUAAUUAAAAAAGGUCCGGUGUCUUUAUCCAAGAACAACAGCGUCUCCGCCAUCCCCGUCAACAAGGACGGGCUCUUCGGGGGGGUGGUGAACCCAAACGAGGUGUUCUGCUCGGUUCCGGGUCGCCUGUCCCUCCUCAGCUCCACGUCCAAGUACAAGGUGACGGUGGCGGAGGUGCAGAGACGCCUGUCGCCGCCCGAGUGCCUGAACGCGUCUCUGCUGGGCGGGGUGCUCAGGAGGGCCAAGUCUAAGAACGGAGGCAGAUCCUUGAGGGAGAAAUUGGAUAAAAUCGGUUUGAAUCUACCUGCGGGCAGACGCAAGGCAGCCAACGUCACCUUGCUGACGUCACUAGUCGAAGGCGAAGCCGUGCAUCUUGCCAGGGAUUUUGGUUAUGUAUGCGAGACCGAGUUUCCAGCCAAGGCAGUAGCUGAAUAUGUAAACCGUCAGCAUUCCGACCCAAACGAACAAGUCCAAAGAAAAAACAUGCUACUGGCCACGAAGCAAGUGUGCAAAGAGUUCACGGACCUGCUGUCCCAGGACCGCUCGCCCUUGGGGAACUCGCGGCCGCAGCCCAUCCUGGAACCGGGCAUCCAAAGCUGUUUGACCCACUUCAGCCUCAUCUCGCACGGCUUCGGGACCCCGGCGCUGUGCGCGGCCGUCACGGCCCUCCAGAACUAUCUGACGGAGGCCAUCAAGGCCAUGGACAAAAUGUACCUCAACAACAACAGUCACUCAGACAGCGGCAGUAAAGGCGGAGACAAAGACGAGAAGCACAGAAAGUGAUGACUCCCCCCUUCUCCCCCUGCGUCAUCACCCCCUUUCACCUGCAGGGCCACGUUUUUUCAGCGCCCCUCUUCUCCUCCCCCAACCUCUCCUACUAUAAAUAUUAUAAAUACCUUAUAAAUAUUACUUUGGAUUCGAGCGGAAACAUAAAAAAAAAAGAAGCUGCAGAGGAGCAGGGUGAGGGAAAGGUGCACUGCCUCACCCAGAAGACUUUUUACUCCCCCAUCUUCACCUCCACGUUGUUUUUUCUUUAUCAGCUGCACCGAAUGGACUGAAACUCCCUCUCUCUCUAUAAAUAUUUCCGAUUGUGACACAAGCAAAGCUAAAAGAGGAUGAAUUCUUAUCAGUAUUGUGAAUAAUAAACUUGGACAAAAAAAACAAACAAACAAAAAAAAAAAACAAGAAGCUCCACAGAUCAUCUGCUCUUUCUCCCCCCAACUUGAACUUUUUGUUUUUAAUAUGAAAUUUCAACACGAUUCGCGGUUAUAUAAGGGAAUCAGUGUUCAUUUAUGUAUAUAUUUAUUUAUGUGUAAUUUAAUGGGAAUUGUAAAUAUGGUGCGUCUGUUGAAACUUCUCUUAUGAUUUUUUUUUUAUUUAUCUGGUGCCUCCUGUUUUAGUGGGUUUGACUCUUCGGUUAGUUCAUGUGAUUUUUAUGGUUCUAGAAAACAAGUUCUUUAGGGGGUUCGUUUUUUAAUUUGAAUUUUUGAUUUCUCUGGGAUAUAAUUCAGCCCUCUUGUAGCAUGUUUGAGGUGACACUGAAGCAAGUGAACAAAUUUCAUAGAAAUAAAACUUCCAUUUCCCCCCUCUCUCUCUAUAUAUAUAUAUAUCAUUCAGUUAAAAAUUCAAAUCAGACCCCGACUUUUUAUUUUAUUUUUAUUUUUCGUCUUUUUUUGUUUUUAUACAAGCUUUUAUGUGUCGUGCCAAUCAGAAUCACCUCUUGUUCUCUCCCUGAAGCAGCAUAAAAGCAAUAAAUGGAAUAUUGUCUUUUUUCCCCCCUUCAGUGUUCAAUGACAUUUUAAAAAAAAUUAAAAAAAAAGGAUAUUUUUUUGGGGACCACCUGAUAUCUUGUCAUGUCCGAUAAUGUCCAAAAUUGGAGGCGGUUUUAGCUGUAUUGUAUAGACACGUGCUGGCAAUAGUUCCUAUGCCUGUCUAUGUAUUAUAGUCCUUUGUUGCCCAGAAAAAAAUAAAUAUUUGAUACGCUU